CUCAAAUACACACUUUUCAGGAUUGGAUCAUCUUCUUCCCCAUCUCUCUCUCUCUCUCUCUAUCUCUCCACUUUUGUAAUUACUCUCUCCUUUUCAGACUACGACCCCCACACAAGAAGGGAAUAAAAUUGAAAAACACAAAGACAAGAGAAAAGUAGCAGCAGCAGCAGCAGCUGAGAAGUAAAGAACAUAGUGAUUACCGCUUUCCUCUGCUUUUCUCCUCCCAUCACAAGUAAAGAAAAGCAUAACCCAACACGCAUUCUCAAUCUGGGUUAUAUCCAUCUAUUAGCAACUAGAUUGCUGGUUAGGACUUCUGAUGGUAGUGAAGCAAAUCAAUGUUUUUUUUACCACAAUCCCAGCUCAAAAGCCUAUUGAUUUUGCAUGAAAGAUCUUCUUCACAGACCCGACAAGAUGAUCGGUUCAGAUCAGCGAGAUGGCACGAAGAUUGGCCCGCAACUAGCCCAUUUAACCAUAAAGUUCAUAAAUUGAACUUGAGAGAAAAUUGGUCAGAAUGGUUAUAAUAUCAUAGUUCAUCAACUUAAGAGGCAUUGUGGGUGAUCCAAAUCCAGUUAAAGCAUUGUGAUUAGUCAUUUUAUCUCCAAGUAUGGUAUUUGGGCUGAGAUCGAAAAACCGAAAAGGUAGUUCUGUUCAAGUUGAUUACUUUGUCACCGUGCACGAGAUUAAGCCUUGGCCCCCAUCAAAGUCUCUCAAAUCUGUUCAAUCUGUUUUUCUGCAAUGGGAAAACGGUGAUCAGAAUAUCGGGUCCUUUGCUUCUGUUGUGGGCAACGACAACAUUGACUUCAACGAAUGUUUUGCGCUUCCGGUGACGCUAUGUCAAGAAAAGAGGGACAGCGAUCACUUCCAGAAGAACUGCUUGGAGUUCUACUUGUAUGAAUCUCGAAAGGACAAAGCCGGUCAACACUUGGGAACCGCCAUAAUAAAUCUGGCAGAUUAUGGAAUUAUUGAAGAAAAUUUAACCAUCAGUGCUCUUGUGAACUGCAAGAAGAGUUCUAAGAAUGCAGCUCAACCAGUUUUGUAUGUGAGUGUGCGGCCAAUUGAUACGGAGAGCUACCCCCAAUCACCAAAUGGAAGCUUAUCAAAAGAGAUAUCACUAGACAAGCAUAGAGAAUUGGUUUCAAACUUGAUGAAGGAAGUAAACGAUGAUGAACUUGAGAUUGCUUCUUUUACGGAUGAUGAUGGGUCCUCGCAUUCCUCACGAACCACUUCCUCUUCUGCUUUUGAGGCUAAUAAGGGUUCAUUAUCUCAGAAUAAAGAGGUUGCUGAUGGAAAAGGGAAAAAUCAAGAGAAGGCUCAACAAUCUGUUAGAGACCAUGUUGAAAAAAUUGCAUCAGAAGUUGCAUCCUCGGAUGAAUAUAUUCAGAAGGGUUCCCUUGCAAGCUUCAUUGGUUCUCAAGCCAAUGGACAUCCCUACGAACAAGUUGUGACACAUAGGAAAAAUAGCCAGCUGGACACAACUGUUAAUGAGGUCCAUGCCGGUCUAGUGGAUGGCACGGAGAAAACGGAACUACGAGAAUAUGGACAGGAAAAACCAAGUGUGAAAGAGAUGAGGAGUUUUUUGGAAAAUAAAUCGUCACUUGACGCUACCAGAAAGCAUGCUAUGCCAAGGAGUGAGACCAUUCCAUUCAGCAGAAGAGCAUAUGAAGUGGAGAGCACCGCCUUAACCAACAAUAAGCUAAGGCAUAUGAAUUCCGUUCAGCUACCUUUUAUCUCAGCAAAAUCCAGUGAAGUUUCUGACAGAAGUCAGAAUACGGAAAAAGCAAAGGAAGUACAUAAACCAGGAAGUGCAUAUAACAAUGGCACAUCUAAUGCAGCUACUGAAGGAAAUAAACCUAGCGAUGGUUCUUCUAACAGCAAAUUGGGAGUGGAGAGCACCGCCAUAACCAGUAAUAAGCUUAGGCAUACGAAUUCUGUUCAACUACCCUUUACCUCAGCAAAAACCAGUAAAUUUUCCGACGGAAUCCAGGAUAUGGAAAAAGGAAUGGAAGUACAAAAACCGAAAAGUGAGUAUAACAAUGGCACAUCCAAUGCAUCUACUGAAGGAAAGAAACCUAGUGAUGGUUUUUCUGACAGCAAAUUGGGAGUGGAGAGCACCGCAAUAACCAGUAAUAAGCUAAGGCAUACGAACUCAGUUCAGCUACCCUUUACCUCAGCAAAAACCAGUAAAUUUUCCGACGGAAUCCAGGAUAUGGAAAAAGGAAUGGAAGUACAAAAACCGAAAAGUGUGUAUAACAAUGGCACAUCCAAUGCAGCUACUGAAGGAAAGAAACGUAGCGAUGGUUUUUCUGACAGCAAAUUGGGAGUGGAGAGCACCGCCAUAACCAGUAAUAAGCUAAGGCCUACGAAUUCUGUUCAGCGACCUCUAAGCUCAGGAAAAACUGGUGAAUUUUCUGACCGAAGCCAGAAUACGGAAAAAGCAAAGGAAGUACAUAAACCAAAAAGUGCUUAUAACAAUGGUUCAUCUAAUGCAGCUACUGAAGGAAAUAAACCUAGUGAUGGUUUUUCUGACAACAAAUUUGAAUGGAAGUCCAGAGUCGAGAUGCUUGAGGAAGAAUUGAGAGAAGCUGCAGUUGUUGAAGCUGCUCUUUAUUCGGUAGUUGCUGAGCAUGGCAGUUCCAUGAUCAAGGUGCAUGCUCCGGCUCGGCGUCUCUCUAGAUUCUAUCUUCAUGCUUGCAAAACCAUGUCCCAUGCUAAAAGGGCAAGUGCAGCAAGUGCGGCUGUCUCAGGAUUAAUUUUGGUUUCUAAAUCAUGUGGAAAUGAUGUCCCGAGGUUAACUUUCUGGUUGUCAAAUUCUAUCAUGUUAAGAGCAAUUGCCAACCAGUCAGUUCAGGAAACCAAUGGCGGUAGGAAGGGGUCAGCUGGAAGAUCCUCUUUGAAACGGAAUACGUUCUCUUCCACUACGAAAAAAAAGAAUCAACCACUGCAAGAAUUAGGGGACUGGGAAAACCCACAAACAUUUGUGGUUGCAUUGGAAAGAAUUGAAGCUUGGAUCUUCUCCCGAAUUGUUGAGUCAGUUUGGUGGCAGACUCUAACUCCACAUAUGCAGUCCGCUGCAACGAAGACUAGAAGUUCAAGCUCAAGCUCAAGGAGAAGUAAAUACGCUGCAGGUGAUCAAGAGCAGGGGAAUUUUUCUAUAGAGCUUUGGAAAAAGGCUUUUAAAGAUGCCUGUGAAAGGCUUUGUCCCAUUCGAGCCGGAGGGCACGAGUGUGGUUGCUUGCCUCUGCUUGCUAGAUUGGUAAUGGAGCAGCUGGUGGAUAGACUAGAUGUUGCGAUGUUCAAUGCCAUUCUUCGUGAAUCAGCUGAAGAAAUACCAACAGAUCCUGUCUCUGACCCGAUUAGCGAUCCUAGGGUGCUUCCAAUUCUUGCUUGUCGAUCAAGCUUUGGUUCUGGUGCACUACUAAAAAAUGCUAUUGGGAACUGGUCUAGAUGGCUUACGGAUCUAUUUGGCAUUGAGGAUAAUGACUCAGCUGAAGAUGAGACCAAUCAUGAUGACAACAGUGAAAUGAAAUGUGUAAAAUCUUUCAAAGCUUUCCGUCUGCUCAAUGCAUUGAGCGAUCUCAUGAUGCUUCCAACUGAAAUGCUUGGCGAUAGCUCCAUAAGAAAAGAGGUCUGCCCUACGUUCUGUGCAUCAUUGAUCAAGAGGGUCCUCAGCAACUUUGUUCCGGAUGAGUUCUCUCCGCACCCAAUUCCAGCUGCUGUACUUGAGGCCCUGGAUGUUGAGGAUGCUGAGGAGGAUGCUACCGGAGAAUUGGUCACCUUUCCAUGCACUGCAGCACCUACAAUCUAUUCACCGCCUCCAGCAGCUUCACUCGCGGGGUUUAUAGGAGAAGUGGGAAGCCAAACUCUUCAGACAAGCAGGUCUUCGCUACUCAGAAAAUCGUAUACCAGUGACGAUGAGCUUGAUGAGCUGGAUUCACCCAUGACUUCUAUCAUCAUUGACAACUCCAGGAUUUCCCCUUCUUCAACGAGACUCACCUCUAUGCCAAAGAGUGGUCGAAAUAUCGUGAGGUAUCAGCUUCUACGCGAAGUAUGGAAAGAUGGUGAAUAGAAGAACUUUCGUCAUUUAAGUACGUAUUUGUAUAUAUACUUCUUGCUUUAUGUAUUUUGUUUUUUGAGGUCAUUACAUUUGAAGAAAUAAUGCUCCUAGCUUUUUUCCUGUAUCAUAUAUUAGGAGCAUUGUGAUAACUCUCCAACUGGGACUCCUGCUUCCAGAAUAAUGAAAUCGAGAUCAUUACCUACUAA